UCACCAGUCCAGCAUAGUCCAAGUAGAAAACGUCCCAGUGAGCCAGAGAAGAAGAAUGUGGUGUGCAAGAAGUCCAAAGCAAUCAGAAAGAUAAACUUUGACUUGGAUACGACGUCACCUGUAUCAGGAACUAUCAUUAAAGACUUUUCGGAUAGUGAAGACGAAGGGCGUGUUGUUUGUGGUGAUAUAGAACCUAGUUUUAAUUUGGUAGAAGUUACACCUGAAGCUAGAGCUGAAUUAGAACGAAUUGAAAACAGAAUUGGUGAUUAUAUUUGCCAACUGUGUAAGGAGUAUUAUGAAGAUGCUUUCCAGCUUGCUCAACAUCGAUGUUCCCGUAUUGUUCACGUUGAAUACCGAUGUCCAGAGUGUGACAAAGUUUUUAACUGCCCUGCCAAUUUAGCAUCACACAGACGAUGGCACAAACCUAAACCUAAUAAAUCUAUCAAUAACAAUAACAAUAGUGCUAUUGAUUUAAGAACAACACAAUCAGAUGAUGGACAUUUUGAUUGUCAGACUUGUGGGAAAAAGUUUAAAAGACCAGCAUAUUUAAAGAAACACAUGUUAACGCAUGUAAAUGAC